UCCGUUCCACCUUCAAUAGUUAACACCUAAAUUUUCGGUUCCUUUCGAUUCCGGUUGGGAAAUAUCUUUUAAGAAACAAAAUCAUGUACAUGUACGUCAACCCGAAUUACGUUUUGGUUGGGGGCCCCUGCUGUGGCCCCUGCGGCGGAUGCGGACCCUGUGGUGGAUGUGGCCCCUGCUGUGGUGGGUGUGGCCCCUGCUGUGGUCCUUGCGGAGGAUGUGGACCUUGCUGCGGCGGCACCAGCAGUUUUUGCGGUUGCGGUCCUUGCUGCUAAACCAGUUGACCCGGAAACCUGUCGGAAUACUUCCGGGAACUAUGUAAAUCUCAAAAAAUAAACUGUGUGGGAGACAACAAAUU